CUUGAAUAACAUUAGAGACAUACGCCUACAUAAUAUAUAUGCGAUAUCAUAAUCGCAUGAUAUAAAGCAAACUUUCAGAUGAAGAGGGCGAAAGUCCAAGUUGUCCGAACUUCAGAAAAAUAGACAUUCGUGUGUCAAGGUAUAGGAACUACUGUAAAUAUCAGUUUGUGAAGAUUUGUUAAGUGUUGACAUGCACCUCCAUAGAUAGUUCAUAUCUCUUAAAUAUAAUUGACUUCUCAUGACGAAGCACAUUUUGAGUUCCCUGUCGAACAGGCAUGAUAGUGAGAUUGUAAUGACUUUUCUUUAGAUAUCAUCAUGGAGAUGAAUUUCCUUGGCUUUGAUAUUUCACUGACGUGGCUUCUUGUCAGUGCUUUAAUCAUUAUCUACAUUUGCAACGAUCUUUGGAUUCGUUCAUACUGGAAGAGACAUGGUAUUAAGUCUCCCCCAUCAAUUCCAAUCUUUGGUAACACGCUUCAAUGGAUAAAAGGAAUCCAAAAGGCCUUUCUCGAGUACAACCAGAAACUAGGGAACGUCUAUGGUGUGUGCGAUUUCCAUCGACCUGCCCUCGCUAUUAGUGAUGUGGACAUGCUGAAGGAAAUCAUGGUGAAAAGUUUCAGUAGCUUCGCAAAUCGUUGGGUUGUUCCAUUGAUGAGUCAAGACUUGAGUGACGCCCUAUUCUUGACCAAAGAUGAUCACUGGAAAGGAAUCAGAAACGUUGUUACACCUACCUUCAGCGCAGCAAAGAUGAAACAAAUGUCACCACUAGUGAAUGAAUGUGCUAGCACACUAAUGAAGCACUUAAAGAAAGGACAGGAACUUCAUGGAUUCAUUGAAUUUAAAGAAUUAAUCGGAGCAUACGCAAUGGACAGUAUCGCAAGCUGUGCAUUUGGACUCAAGAUUGACUCACAGGAAAACCGUUAUGAUCCUUUUGUAACCCAUGCAAAGACGGCGUUUGAAGCCAACGCAUUCGCCAGUCCUUUAGUACUAUUUUCAACCCUCUUCCCUUGGACUGUGCCUCUCCUGAAAUAUUUCGACUUCAAUAUCAUCAAUAAGACAUCAACACAAUUCUUUUCUGAAAUUGUCAAGCGGACGAUUGUGACGCGCCAAGAGUCGGCGAGUUCAAGAAAGAAAAUCGAUUAUCUUCAGCUUCUCAUAAAUUCAUAUGAGGGAAAGGCAUCCAACCACACGAAUGACACAACGGAAGAUGACGGUAACCCCAGUGACGAAGCAUUUGCUCAGCGAGGACUAGUAAACAAAACUGCCAGGAAAAGCACCUUAAAUGAAAGCGAAGUAAUAAGCCAGGCUCUAGUCUUUUUCUUGGCUGGUUACGAGACAACAGGCACUGCGGCCGGAUUCAUGCUAUACCUUCUUGCUACACAUCCCGAUGUACAAGACAGACUUGUUGAAGAAAUCGACGACGUGGCUUCUUCCGUGGAGGAUGUUGGCUAUCAAUCAAUCUCGAAGAUGUCCUACCUUGAUCAAGUCUUCAGUGAGACACUUCGCAUCUACCCAUCAGCCCCUAUCAUCGAUCGUGUUGCUAACGAGACAUUUGUUGUCAACGGAUUUACUGUUCCAAAGGGUAUGCGAAUCUUCAUUCCUUUGUUUAGCAUCCAUCGUGACCCAAUCUUGUGGCCUGACCCGGAAGUAUUUGAUCCAGACAGAUUCAGCAAAGAAAAUCGUGAAAAGCACCACCCAUGCGCUUGGAUGCCGUUUGGAUUAGGACCUAGGAGCUGCGUCGGGAUGAGGUUUGCUGUGAUGGAAAUUAAAAUUGUCGUCAUUAGAAUUCUGCAGAAAUACCGGAUCGAGACCUGCCCUCAAACCCAGAUACCGCCAAAAUUGGGAACCGGGGCAACUAUUGCUCCCCCCAGCGGCUUCUCUCUUCGUAUAGUCGAGCGAAACUAAUUGGUUUUCAAUUUUUCAUCAAAGAUAUUUCUUCGUUCAUUUUUAUGCAAAGGGUCAUUAUCAUGACUAACAAAAUUAACGCGGUUGUUACCAAUUCACUGCUUGAGUAAUUGGCAAGGAAAUUGAGGUCAAAGCUACCAUGAUCGGCAUAAGUCUACCUCGUUCGCCAAC